UCGACAUUGAAUGUGGUGGAAACGAGGGGGGAAGGAUUGUAUGCCACUUGGGCCGGCUGGUGGAGGAUCGAGGUGUGGCGAGCUCGAAGCGGAGGGAAGGGUGUACGCAUGGCGGAGCGAUCGUACUCCGUGUGGGCUCUCGCACCUGCCGAUCAUCCGGGCCUGGAGGAAGCGGCGAGCCAUUUACUGCGAGACUACGGAGGCCCGAAGUUCGAAGCUCACGUGACUGUUCUGGGAGGCAUUGCCUUGGCUCGGGAAGAUGCCAUCGCUAAGCUGCAGAGUCUCUGCCGCUCGCUGCCUCCCAUCUCGUACAGACUCACGGGCGUGGAUCGCGGCAGCUUCUACUAUCAGUGCAUCUAUCUGACUGCGGAUCCUACACCGCAGGUAAUGGAGGCCAACGCCAAGGCACAGAGUGUUUUUGGUCAAGCGCCUGCCAAAGAGUACAUGCCUCACCUGAGUCUGAUCUACGGGGAUUUAAGUGAUGAGGAUUUGAAUUCAGCUAAAGCUGUCGCUGAGAAGUACAGUCAGUUUUACAAGAAUUCUGAAUUUGUGGUGAACAAGCUCUGUCUAUAUGAAACUGAUACAAACGACAAAAUGCUGACGACCUGGAAACGGAUUGCCGAAUUUCCGCUGGAAGGUUAGAACUGAGAGAAGAGAUUUAAGUUCUACUCACUGAUAGGAACAGUUAUCACAUCCAUUCAUUCUGUAGUAAUUGUACACAACAGGAACGCAACUCCCGUUAUACUGCGUUAACAUUAGCAAUGACAGCAAUGAGAUCUGUCUGAAGGAUCAUAACAUGGGAGAUCAACAGAGGAAAGAGUAAAUGCUCCGUUUUAUAGAGCUUCAACAUAGGUCAUAGAGUUUGUGUAAUAUUUACUUGCUAAUGUCAACAGGAUGAAUGGUUUAGACUGAAGGACGAGUCUACAGUACAUGCGAUGGAAGUAAUAGUGAGUCUUAAGUAGAAAUCGAUCCUCAACGAAGACACCUCCGAAAAGCCCCACAGAUAAUCGUUACUGCCACCAGGAUCCCAUGUUUCUGCAAGAAGGGGAAUGUUGUUUACACUGGUGACUGAGCCAGCAAUCGCCCUACCUCAGUCGAUACGGCUAAAGCUUUGAUACCCAGCGGAGCAGGUAGGGAGGAUGUCAGACCACCUAUCAAAAACCGAGGACUAUUCUGCAACAAGGUCACUUCGUCAAUCAAGCCCUUGGUCUUAGUCUUGAUCGUUUUCUCCAACAUACUGCACAUGUGCUCUCCUUUCUCUCGAAGCUUCUUCAGGCGUUCAUUUAACUCUUCAUACGUCUCGAC